AUGAGAGGUGCGCAAAGUUGGUGGGGUGCGUCACUCGCUUAUUACGAAAACGCGGGUAUCUAUACGAGCGCGCUUUUGGAUGCUUACAUGGAUUACAAGUCAAUCUGGAAGCAUAUACAGGUCACGAACUGGGAAUUCGAAUCUGGAAUUACUAAUUUGGUCAAAUCUACGCCCACCAAGGAGCUUCUAGACUACGCCAAAGAGUGCGCCAACGAGCCCCCACCUGCACAGAAGCCUGCAACUCGAGACCAGACCUCAACCCAUACCAGUGGCAAGCGUAUAGAGGGUUCUGAGCAUUCACAGGAACUGCAACCGAAAAAGAACUCUUUCAAGCCUAACAUUUUGGAAUGUGAGCCCUACAGUGCUUCGUUUGUAGGGUUGAACAAGGCUAGACGUGACUGUCGGCUCGAGAUGACGAAAAUUGUCAACGAAGUUGACGCAGUCACGAAAGACCCAAGCAUUGCGCUUCAGCCAGACCGCGUAGGCAUUUAUUUGGCCCCUUCAAUCUUCAGGCAAUUGCUUCCAAUAAAGCAAGCAGUCCAGAAAGAGCCAACUCCAGCUCCAAACCCAGAUCCAAACCCAGAUCCAAGUCCCAAUCCAACCCCAGACCCAAACCCAAACCCAAAUCCUCAAUAG